UUUUUGAAACCUAGAAAUAAUCAAAAUGAAGUCUGAAGUAAAGCCAGAUAAUGAUAUCAACAUGCAGGAACUUCAUGAAGCUGCUGUAAUAUACUUGGACCAAACUAAUCAUUUUGAAGUUUUACGCCAACAAUGUGAAUUGUAUCUUCAAAAAGCACAGUCUGUUUAUUUUUAUACAAUUUGUGUCAACUCAGCAGAUAUAGUUCAAUAUAAUGCAGUUCUUGGAAACAUAAUUUUAAAUCAACCACAGUUAGCUACUAAAAUAUUUCAAGAGGUUGUUUACAUAGCUAUUAAGUCAUUAUCGUUGUUAGAAGAUAAUCCAUCAUGCACGCAGAUAUCUGUACAUAUUAAGCUGACGUGUCUUCCAAACUUACCAAGUUAUAUUCUUAGACCAAGUGAGUUGUGGAAGUGUAAAUUUGAGUCAAGAUUUUUGCAAUUUAAUGGCGUAAUCUGCAGUAUGACAUCUAAGACAAAUUACACUAAAUGUGCCAAGUUCAGAUGCCCCGUCCCAAGAUGUGUUGGUGCUUCAGAGAAUUCUCAUAUAAGGUUCCAUGCAGCUGGAGUAAGGGAAAGCCAGACAAUCAGGAAAGAUUUCAGCUGUAUAUACUGUGGUGCUGGACUAAAGGAAGAUGUCCAUCACAGAAUACUAGGAGAUAAACUUGUUGUUCAAAUGGUUGAUUCAGCUGCAUUCUUGUCUUCAAAUUGUGUGACGUCCGCUCAGGUGACUUCUGGUCAGGUGGUUUUGGGGUCAGCAUGCAGAUUUCAGUCCAUUGUUGCCUUUUUUAGAGAUGAUUUGAUUGAUAGUGUAUAUCUUGGAGGGUGUUAUAGAAUAAUAGGUAUACCAGUGAAGGAGAUUAAAGGUGUUGCUACAGAGGUGUUUGUAGAAGUUAAUAACAUCAUUCCACAGGCAAUAGAAAAUGUGAUUAUUCCAUCCAGCAUUCAACAUCUUCUUGCAGAUCACCAACAGUCCCCAUGGGGUUUUAUUUCCAGCCUGGUUGACAUAUUUGGUGUGGAUAUCAGCCCUCAAGGCACUUACCACAGACUUAAAUUAGCAAUAUUACUCAGCCUGGUUCAAACCAACACAGAUAAAAAUGCAUCCAAGUUGAACAUCCUAGCCGUAGGUUCCUCCACUCACAUCAUGUCGAGACUGUUUGCGUUCGGUGCCAAGCUGGUCCCUAGGAGCACGUUGCCACAGUCCGCAGAAGAAAUGUUUGCAUCUGUCAGUCCAGAGACAUUUGGAACUGGAGUAUGCAGCAUUGAUGGUGGGUCACUAGCACUUGUUGAUGAUGGCGUUUGCAUUGUGGGAGAAAUUAGCGCUUUCAAAAAAGAUACGUUGGAAAGGUUGACAGCAGCAUUGGAACAUAAGACUGAGGUUUUAAGCAUCCCACGUCGAUAUGUGGAGUCUGCUAAUUUAGAUGAAGUGUCAAUUCCACUGCGAUGUAGUAUAUGGGGAACACUUUACACUUGCUCCAGAAUUGGAACUGAACACCUGGUAGGCUAUGAAAAAGCACCUACAAAGACAUCUGAUCUCAGCUCAGCUUUUCAACAUGGGUUCAAUAUGGUCUGUAUUUGUGAUGGGUUAGAGUCCUCAAACGAUACACUGGCUGAUGAAAAGCUUGCUUAUGCUGUGUUAAGCUCCUCUAUGAUGACCAAAGAGACUUGUGCACAUAACACAACAAAAUCUAUUAGUAUAGAAGACCUCAAGAAGUUCAUAUCCUUCGCAAGAAACCGUGAAGUGGUGUUAAGCAAGGGAGCUGAGGUCUUGUUAAGAGGAUACUUUGUUGGUUGCAGAAGAGCUCGUACCUCUAGUAUACAUGCCACCCCAAUACCACACUCUGCCUUACAGACUUUAUUGUGUCUGGCACAUGCCCAUGCAAAGCUAUGUCUUAGGGAUGAAGUGUUAAUGGAGGACGCUACACUAGCUGUGCUGUUGUAUGAAGAAGCCAUGACGAUUAGAUUUGGAUGCUCUGUGUUAUCAGUGAAGCCAAGCAUGCAUUCCAGUCAACCAACUUCGCAGAAUGAUCAAUUUAUGUAUCACUUACAAACACAACUUAUAAGAUUCUGUGAGAGCCAUGCUGCUGAAGUGUUUUUAUCCACACAUGAAGAGUGAUCAUCUCAACAACAGAACAGUUACUAUAAUACAGUGUGAUAAUGUGGUUAUUAAUUUAAUAGUAGUUUUACGAGAGCGAAAUUUUCAGCUAAGAGGCAAGCCAUUGGAUUUGAUUAGUCAGUAGAUACAAAAUUCAGUAAACAUUAAAAACAUAAGUAGGUGCUUAGAGACAAUUCCAAUUCUCACAAUAAAUAUAGAAUUCUUAAAAAUUAAAUUAGGCAAAGCCUAACAAGAAAAGAAUUUUGUAACACAAAUGCAAUAAACAGAAUUGUAAGAGUAACAGCUGAGAACAGUCAAUCAAAGACAGCGCAAAAAAAGAAGAGGGGAUUAUUUUAAUCCAAUUAAAAUGUUAGUUUUUAAUUAAGAGAUGAUUUUGCUGAAAAUAUGCUGAUUUUUUAAGUUUAUUUUAAGGUUAAAUUCUGUUUCAAAGUUAAUGUUGAUAGAAAUAAUAGAAACAUUAUAGAGAAGCUUAAUGUUAGGUUUACACUAUGUUCCUGAUGGCCACGGCAGCCACGUUUCAGACCACUGGGAACAAAAUGGGAUGGACG